GGGAUAAUGGUGCAGCUGGAGACAUGAUUUCCAGUAUAGCUGAGUGUAAACAAUGAAACUCGUCUGUCCUCUCAGUCUUUGCUUUGUUCGCACCCCUUUUCACAGUGAUUGCAUAAUCAUGGCCUCCCUUUAAGAAAACACGUUACAGAUGAGUAGGUUUCUCACACUUUUCAUACAGGGUUAUUCUGUAGCUUUGCCAUGACACACUUGAAUCACAACACAGAGACACGCCACUGAGACAUGAAGAUAGCUUCCUUUAAUGUUCGCCGGUUUGGCCUGGCAAAAGUCUCAGACCCAGACGUCCUGUCGACUCUGGUUAAGAUUGUGUCUCGAUAUGACAUUAUUUUGAUUCUGGAGGUGGUGGAUGCGAGUGGAGACUCUGUCAAACUGUUCAUGAAAGAACUCAACAGGGUGAACACCAGCCAUCACUAUUCUCUGCAGCUCAGUACUCGCCUGGGAAGAAACAGAUACAAGGAACAGUUUCUGUUUGUCUACAGGGACGAUGUGGUCAAGUUCAUUGACUCCUAUCAAUACGAAGACAACCAGGUGAACGAUGUGGAUGCUUUUGCGAGGGAGCCGUAUAUUCUCCACUUCAGGCCACACUACACAGUGCUGAGGGAUUUAGUGCUAAUCCCAGUCCACACCACACCUUCAGACUCAGAAAGAGAGCUGGAUGAGCUGUACGAGGUCUUCCUGCACGUCAGGGACAAGUGGAAAACAGAUAACAUAAUGAUCCUGGGCGACUUUAACGCCGAUGGUGCGUAUGUCACGCGCAAAGAAAUGAAGUCGAUCCGUAUACGCAGCAACACGGAUUUCCACUGGCUGAUUGGAGACGACGUGGACACCACUGCAAUCACGUCCAACGAUCACACCUACGACAGGAUUGUUGUGUAUGGAGACGACAUGUUGGCAGCCAUCGUGCCGAACUCAGCCAAGCCCUUCAAUUUCCACACAGAGUUUUCUAUGACGGAAGAAAUGGCCCUGAGAGUAAGCGAUCACUAUCCUGUGGAGGUGGAAUUAUGCAUCGCUCCUCCUCCCUGCAUGAGUAAAUGCAGGGAUGCCCAGAAUGCACCAGGCAACAACACAAUCACAGAGAGUUUGCAGGCUGAUGUGUUAAAACUGCAGAGGGAAAAUCUCCUCUUGGAGCAAGAAAAACUUCAACUUCAGAUCUCUCUAUUACAACGGAAACUUGCCAAAAUGGAAGUGGAAGAAUAAAUGGUUGACCUCGAA